AUCGAUGCACUACAAUCUAAGAUACAAGCAAAAGAAAACGCUGGGUUACCCAGAUGUGGGUAGAUAGGGACUUUUUCGAAAUGUGGGUACUGAAAGUUAAUACUUACUUUUUGUAACAUUUUUAAGGCUUUCAGGGGUGUUCUCUAUUGAAAAAAGUCACAUCUCAAAGUUACAUAACAAAGUUACAUAACAAAAGUCAUAUAAUUAAGAUAAGUAAAUCGCGUACGAUGGAACGUUGUUCCAAAUCAGUACACAUGAUUUUUUUAAAUCACGUAAUUUGAAAAAAAUGAUUGACACAUGAUGAAAUAUUAAACUGAGAUUAAAUUAAUUUACAUUACUAUAGAAAUGGACAUAAUUCGCGCGUCUAUCUCUUCUUAUUCUUCCUCACGCGACGACGAUCGAUCUUUUGUCGUUGUCCUCUCUUUUACUGCUUUGUGAUUCUCGCUACAUAAGCGAUAUGUAUAAUAUAUCACAUGCCGAGCUCCUAUAUCAACAGUAUUCAAUCGGGUUUCCUUUUCAGACAGCGAGUUCUGCUUCGCGUGAAAGCCUCGUCAUUACUGUCGUCGUUUAACCAUAUUGAUCGUAAAAAUACCACCGCAGGUGGUAAUUAUAGACAUUAAAAAUCAUUUAGUGGAAUGACACUUCACAUUUACAAUUAUCGUUACAUUUAUAAUUGUUAACAAUUGCAAAUUAUCAGCAUUUAUAAUUAAUUUGCAAUAAUUUAGUGGUUUGUGGCACUUAUAUACUUGACAAUUCUUCCUCGCAACGUUAUUUCUUCUACAACGCGGGAUCUCAAGUGUAAUAAAUCAUAAAAUUCAACAUAAAUUAAAAAUUGAAUAUAUAUGAGAAACGAAUAAAUAGUGCAACGAAAGACAUACACAUAAUCACCAAGAGUCACGGACCCGAUGUUUUCGAUUCUCAAGAAUAAAAAGUAAUGACGUUGACACUGUCCACGAACAGAACUUUCAGGCAUUAGUUUUUUGAAAAAAUAAACGCGGGAAUAAAUAGUAGAAUAACAUUAAGUAUCCAGAAACCAUUUAAAUAUUACUAUUAUCUGCAAUUAACAAGGAAUUUAGAAUUUAAAAAUAUAAUAAAAUAUAGCAAAGUUCUUAAUUUAGCAGGACAAUGAAGAAUUCGAACGGCGUGAAGAACCCCAUAGAUAUUGCAGAUUCGAAUGAAAGCAUUACAUUGACAAGGUCAAAGUUGGAAACCUUCGAUGAUAUCUUGCCGUAUGUCGGUGACUUUGGUAGAUAUCAAUGGCUGCUUCUAUUGGCCUUGCUUCCCUACAGCAUGGCAUACGCCACUCUGUACUUCUCGCAGUUCUUCAUUACUCUGGUACCGCAGGAACAUUGGUGCAAGGUAGAGGAACUAAUGUCUUCAAACCUCACGCAGGAAGAAAGAGUGGAGAUUGCCAUACCAAAAUCGCAGAAUUAUCCGUACUACGACCGAUGCCGUCGAAAGGAUUUGAAUUUCUUCGCUCUUGUAAAUAGGAACGACAAUCACUCGAUCAAAUGGGAGACAAACAAAACCGUGGAUUGCAACCAAUGGGAAUACAAUUUCACGCAGAUCCCUUAUGCUAGCAUAGCGACUGAGCUAGAUUGGGUAUGUGACCAAGAGUACCUCAUAUCGACGGCACAGUCGGUCUUCUUCUGCGGUUCCAUCGUCGGUGGCUUUCUCUUCGGAUGGAUCGCCGAUCACAGAGGCCGGAUCCCUGCCUUAAUGUUCUGCAAUGGCAUUGGACUCCUGGCUUCGAUCGCAACUGCGAGUGCGAAUACUUUCUGGUCCUUCGCUGUCUGUAGAUUUCUCACUGGUAUGGCUUUCGACAAUUGCAUCAACAUCCCACUGAUUAUCGUGCUCGAGUAUAUGGCUGUGAAGAGGCGAACCCUCGUCGUUAAUGUUGCAUUCGGCAUAUACUUCGCUGUUGGAAGUACAGUUCUGCCAUGGGUUGCGUAUUAUGUCGCAAACUGGAGAUUAUUCACUUACGUCAGUGCAGUCCCGAUGAUGAGCGUCUUUAUCACGCCAUGGAUUCUUCCCGAAAGCGCUCGAUGGUUCGUCGCCAACGGCAGAAUAGAUAAAAUGCUGCAGAAACUGCGGCGGAUAGCGAAGAUCAACAAGAAGUGCCCUGACACGCGCAUCUUCGAGGUCUUCGUCAGAAACUUGACCGCGACUAAUUCCCAGAAGGAAAGCGCGACCAUUUUCGAUAUUCUGAAGUUACCGCGUCUAGCAAAGAAUACAAUUCUACUAAUCUUCUUUUGGUCCUUGACGGUGAUAGCUUUCGACGGCCACGUAUACUCCCUCAAGCUGAUCCCGAGUUCGGUGUUUGUGUCCUUCUCCCUCGCCUGUUCGACCGAGCUGCCGGCCGGGCUGUUGCUGACGUUGCUAUUGGACCGCUGGGGUCGCCGAUUCUGCGGAUUUAUCACCCUGGCCAUGACUUGUCUUUUCAGCUUCGGCGAACUGAUGUUACAGUCGAUCGUAGCAAAGCUGACGAUGUCGGUGCUCUCGCGAUUUUGCCUGAACAUGGCAGCCAACGUGGGCCUUCAGUAUGCCGCCGAGCUGUUGCCGACUCCCAUUAGGACGCAAGGUGUUGCAUUGAUCCACAUUUUUGGCAUUAUUGCCCAUUCCAUUGCGCCAUAUGUGGUGGAUAGUGCCAAGAUUUGGUACGGGCUGCCGAUGACGAUCAUCAGCGUCGGGUCAUUUGCAGCUGUUGCCCUCCCGCAGACUCUACGUCAGGGAGAGGACUUCGGCAAGGAACAAAGCUUCUGGACGCUACCCUGCUGCGACGUUAUCCGACCGCGUUCGAAUCGACAACGAUAUUAUCAUUCAACCGAAUUAUAGUCUUUUUAAUUUUUAUUACAUAAGGCCUCGGCAUAACCGUCGAGAAAAUAUAAUUAAAAGAA